AUGAAUGACCUGAAUAAUAUCAAUUUGGAAAUCGACGGUCUGACAUACGAAAAGUUACAUUAUCUGCGCGAAAUACAGUGCUGCCAAAGUUAUCAGCCUAUUGACAAAGAUUGUGAAUUUUUGAAAGUUCCAAUAAAAAAGCUGUCUACAGAUGAUGAUUCACUACCGUCAGAGACUGACGAUACAGAAGUGCCAGAUACAGAAAAAGCUCACCAGCUUACAAUAAAACUUUUGGAAUCAGAGCUAGAGCAACGAAGAGCUUUGCUAAUUGAAUUAGAUAAAAUUUUGCCACCACGUAAAUCGCUUUGGCUACAAAAAAUCAAAACGCGCAACAACGAAUGUGACAAGCUAUUUAAAAAACUAGAACAGCUUCGCGGACAGGUUUCGCAGCUUCAAACAGAUUGUAACAUCUCUCUAGUCAAGCAGGUUCAAACACAUCGUCUGUCUCGAUAUCUACCACUACCACUCUAUAGCAUAUACAUACAGUUAACGAGUUGGGUACAACUCCAGGACGAAAAAGCUCUGACAGUGAAUAUUUUAGGGGAUAAAACCAAUGCACAACAAAUUAAUGGAUCCUGGGAAUCCAAAGGCUUGAAGGCGUUACGUGAACUUUCAAUAGCGGAUCUUCACAAAUCACACUCGUUGUCUCUUCUCUUAAGACUCGUGUGGCCAACCUCAGGAAAUCCCAUUAAUGUCCGUAUUGAAUAUCUGGUUCACUUGCAUAUUGUGACGGCGAUCGUCGAAAUGGCAGAAGAUCCCUACCUUUUGGCUCUUUUGUACCCAGAUGACAGCGGCGAAUUCAGUCCCAACUUUUCUAAUUGUUACAUACACGACGAAAAAAAACCCUUUCAAAUUCUCAAAUCGAAGGGACGCGCUUUUCGGUGGCUACAAUUCAUUGCUGGCUUAUAUUUUGUUCAUCCCCUGCCAGCCGUUACGCCCAUUGAAAUUAGUCCGGACUUGAAGAAAAGCACUGAUACUUCUAGCGGGGUAAUGGCCCUGGAUUUUCAAGGAACUUCCGAUUACUCGCUGACUCAAAUCAUGUCUAGGUUAUUCAAGCGCCUGAAGGUGCGAGAAACGCUCAAUUCCCACAUCUCUCUGUUUAAGAGCGGGAAAAUCCCCAUCGAAAGUAACAUCAAGCCCAACGUACCCAACACUUCGUGGCUGCAUAGAUGGGAAGACCAAUCCUAUCUGCAAGCAAAGGAGCUAAUCAAGACCAUCGAAGCAAAAAUGAAGCUGAAUGAACAUUCGGAUUUUGAAGAAUCUCCACCAAUCAGUGUUCCUGUCGGUACCACUGUUUGUGUAGUUACGCCUCCGGAGUUUGUAGCAGUUCAUCCGAAUUCAAUUGAACUGUCAAGCCGAUUUUUCAAGAUUAUCUUUGCAACCUCAGAUACCAAAGAAAAAAUAUGCGGUCUCGUACAAGUAUUUGCCGAUUAUCCUUCAAGAAUUCCUGUAUUCUUGUUCUAUUUGGAGACGACAAAUGAAAUCUCAAAAAGCAGUAUUCAGGAAAUUUUAAAGAUUCAAUCUGCUAUUAACACUCUAGAGUCAGAGGAUGAAGCUUUAGAGGAAAGCCAAAUUUUGGCGUAUCAAGUUUCUAAACUACAAAUAUGCCUAGACAUUAAGUGCGACUUGGACAAACAAAAAGAGAAAUCGAUUUUUGCUAACAUAGAGGAGCGAUACACAAAGCAAUUUUGGAAGAGCUUGUGCUAGAGGGUCUUGUACUACCCAGUCAUAUUUUUUUCGGAGGUGCAAAAUGGAUCAAUUUUAUUUUGGCAGCAAAACCAUAAACAUUCUUGACAGGUGACACCAAUAAUUUCAAAACUAGGUUUGAUUAAACAUGAAUGUUGGCCCAACCAGCUUUCUUCUCUCUUCUGAUUCUGUUUCUUUUCU